AUGAGUUCCCACGGACAAUCUCCCGCUUCUCGUGGACCAACGGUACCGAACGCCACGGCCUCAUUCCGCCUGCCUUCAGGAUCGACAACUAUGCAAAGACGGAGGGAACGCUCACGAUCAAAGGAUGUCUCGACUUACUGGCUCGGACUAUCGCCAGCGUUACGUUCUCCCAAUGCAGGCCGUACGACACCCAAUGCCGCAACGCAGAUGAUGCGGCGCCAUAUUGCUGCGAGGAGAGGACGGCAACAUGCGAGGGCUCUUGCACUAUAUGCUGAAGGCAGUCGCACCCCCAGCCUACUCUGCAGACCCAUCGACCACGCCAAUGGCUCUAAUGCCCUCAAGUCUAGUGCUAUCGAAUCCAUCGGUAAUGCUCUCAGAAUGACGAAGAUUCGCAAUACAUUCGGUUCAUCUUCGAAUACCUCCAGCCACUCCAACUCCAAGGCCACUUCUCGAACAAGUUCUCAAACACGACAGCGCGCAAACUCCGAGCCUGGCCCUCACGGAACCAUGGAGGCUGUCGCAGUUACCAAGUCCCAAGUGCCCUAG